AUGAAAAAGGGGCUGAAAAGGAAGGUGAGGGGUGAACGUGUGACGACUUUUGACCCCACUAUAACGGGUGCGCAACGUCAUGGGGCGCUGCUUGGCGACGGACACGAAACGGAGUCGGUGCUAGUCGCCGCGACUCUCGCAAAUAGGCAGCUUCAGGUUUCCAGUUCGGCCUCUGCGUACUAUCAGAAGGUCAACCAGAAGCUGGCGCAGGAGAAUGUUCAAUUGGAGAAUGACUUGGAGAAGAAGGAGCAAGACGCCUCUGCGGUUAUGAAGGCGUUUGAGGAUUGCCUGGAGGCAGUGAAGUCUGCUAAUGCAAAACUUAAGGGUGAUUUGAGUGCCGCACGUGAGUCAGCGCAGCGCGAGGUAGUGGAGGCAAUGGCAGCGAUACAAGACAUGUUGGAGUCACGGGAUUAUCACCUUUUGAGUCUGCAGAAGCGCAUUGAAUGGCUUGAGGAGGAGCUUGCAAGUGUGAAUUCGUUUAGAGAUGCCCGUGACACACACAGGCGCGAGAUGGAGGCCUUAAAGAAGGCGUAUGCAGACGAGAAGGAUGACCACGCACGCGAUUCACAGACACUUCGUUUGCAGUUGAUGGAAGAGCGGGUGCGAAUCAAGGCGGAGGAACAGCGGCUUCUCGAGCGACACGAGGAGGACGUCCGCAAGUUGGCCCAGAGACUCCUCAGUCAAAAGACACGCGAGGUGGAUGAGGAGAACCAGCAACUCCUGGGGGAAAAACUCUUUUUGUGGGGAGACGCAAAUGCGGCACGAGAGCGGGCUGAGACCGUCCAACGCGAAAAUAUUGAGUUCCGACGGAAUGCGGCACUAGCGAGAUCAGCGGAGGCGGAGUACGCUGCGGGGGCCGCGCGUCAACGGCGGGAAAUGAAACUGCUCAAGGAACAGAUUGAAACGACGGAGGAGAAUCUCAACAAAGUAGUGGAGGAUUACGAACAGCGGUUGCAGAAACAGGCGAAGGAGCAUGCCACUGCGUUACGGCAGUUAACGCAGGAACGGGACGCGGCAAAGUGUUCUGCCGAACGUUUCUGUCGCGAGCUUGUGAAGUUGCGGUCACUAUCGCAGAAGAUGGUGAAGCGACGCACCGAGUUGGAAAUGUUUUUUUACGAUGCUUUGGCACAAGUUCGCCGGGAGAAGCUGGAGGAAAACCGGAGAGGCACACGCUCUAUCGGUUACCAUCAGACCAACUCAUCUUUCUUUCAGCCAACUCCUCCGCGACUGAGGAAGCGCGAUGAUGAGCCGCUGAUGAUUAGCGAUCGUGGAAUGCAGCUGCCACUGACACCUUUCUCGCGGCUGAGCGAUGGUGAGGGCAACACGCCGUGUCAGAAUAAAGAAACACUGUUUGGUGAUGGGGGUAUGGACACGAAUACUCUUCCGCUGGUUGCGCUAACAAGGAGUGAGUGCGACAUUACACAUAAUAACCGUCUUAUCCCUGCGAAGGAGUGGCACUAUGGCGGGAACGGCGUUCUGCAAACCCGUUUCCCUCCUCUGGCAGAGGAACCGCUGCUUCCCCACUCUGAUUUCUCUUGCAUUCCUAGUGCCCCCAAGCUGAAGGAUCUUCAAUCUAUCGAGAUCUCACAGUUGAGUUGGAAAGACAAGGAGCGCGUCUUGCAGCUCCUCUUCAAACAACUCCAGGGGAGAGUCAAUUCGUCAAAGGUAAAACAAUGUACAUCGAAAGACGAUGCUAAUUUUUUGGUCGGUGGCGUGGCUGUGAAUCCUGAAACGCACACGUUUCUCACGGAGUAG